AUGGCUGUCACUAGGCCCUUAAUUCUAAUCACCGGUGCAAACCAGGGCUUGGGAUUCGCGACUGCACAACAGCUAGCCAGCACUGGAAAAUACAACCUUCUUAUUGGCGCCCGAUCCCAAGAAGAAGCCGAAGAAGCAAUCAAGCAGUUACAAGAGUCUAGCAUUGAUAGCUCUCUGACACCUAUUGUCGUCGAUCUCGACCAGGACGAAUCUAUUGCUGCCGCAGCCAAGUUUAUCGAAGAACGUUUUGGAUCACUGAAUAUUCUCAUCAACAAUGCCGGAAUCAACAGAUCGUCCGACCCAAACGUUACCCUACGCGAGACCUACCGAGCCGUGUUCGAAACCAAUGUGUUCGGCGUGGCAGUCAUGAAUGCUACCUUCAUACUAAUACUACGCGCCUCAAAGUAUCAUGACCGGCGUAUCGUCAAUGUGACGAGUGGCCUAGGUCAGAUUGGCAUUGCGUACUCACCUACUUCGGAGUACAGUGCUAAAAUCUGGGAGCUGCCCGUCUACCGCAGCAGCAAGUUGGCGAUAAAUAUUAUUAACGCUGUUGAUGCCGUUAGUCUCAAAAAGGAGAACAUUCUGUCAGUCCUAGCUGCCCCGGGCUUCUGUCGCACCAACUUCUGGGGUGGGAAUGGCGUCAAAUCUGCAAACGAGGGUGCUCAGCCAAUUGUGCGGGCUGCUAUUGAGGGUACCUCGAAAGAGCUGUUUGGAAAGCUUGUCGAUGAUGAGAACACGCUGGUUGAGUUCCAAUGGUAG